AUGACACCUCCAUCAGGGGGUGCCGCGAGCUUCUGCCAGCGGCAUCUCACCGCACUUUGCAGCACAGCUCUUCUGGGCGUCUUGCUGCUUUCGCUCAUCUGCUUCGAAGGCCUCGGCCAGGCCGCGCUAGCGAACUCCACGGCAGUUCCAUACUACCCUGCAGCCGUGAAGGACCCAGUCACUGGCGAGUGGUACCUCUUUUUCACGUACCAGGAGGAGGUGAAGGCGGGUUGCAAUGUGAAGGGAGGGUGCGACACAGGAAGGCAUCAGGGGGGUAGGAGUCGGUCGCACCCACUGCUGCUGCGACUGGGGUAUGGAGCGCUGCCAGACAUGCGCCUGGCGCAGAGCGACGUGCAGAAGCUGCAGCUGCACGAGAGCUUUGCCAAACUCAAGCAGCAGCAUGGUGUCUCAGCAUUAAAGGCAACAGAGUGGAGGCCGUUCCCGUGGAAGGGGCAGAUAUUCCUGAGCCACUGGCUGGCGCUGCCGCCGGGGCAGGAGCGCGCGGCGCUGGCGCGGCUGGACCUGGAGCGCGGCGCCCUAGAGCAUGUGUACCGCUUUGAGGUGCUGCAGGAGGAGCUGGCCAAGGAACUGGCCCACACCCGCCGCACGCGCACCCACGACCGCACCACCUCUACCCUCGAACAGGCACGGGCCUGGCCCCCUUCAGCACAGCCGCACCUUCAGCAGAAGGCCAGCUGGGGGUUUGUGGCGGAGAAGGACGGCCUCGUCAUCUACCCUUCCCUGCUGCCGUGCACGGUUGCGCUGGAGUUUGACGCGGAGGUGCCCGAGGGGGCGCUCCUGCGCAGCAAACACUGCUACGGAGACCUGGCCUCGCGCAUCGAGGACCACACAGGCACGGCCCCUGCUCCGGCUUCCUUUGUCUGCAGCUGGCUGGACAUUAUGAAGCACGACAUGCUGAGCAGCGGCAACCCGGUGGCGUGGGACAUAGAGCAGGGCGUGCGGUCGCGCGAGCUGAUAGCGGUGCUGCACAAGCGCGGCCACGACACGGAGCAGUGGGCCGUGCGCAUCGACCGCGCUUCCCACCGCAUCACCCACGUCUCCGCAGGGCCCAUCCUCACCAUGCGCGACUUCCAGCCUGAGGGGAUCCUGAAGGAGACUAUCGUGGUGAGCACGUACCACGUGAUAGACAGGGGCGAGCCCUGGGGCCGCAUCCUGCGCGUGGUCUACGGCGAGGGAGACCACCUCUUCUGCUGGGUCGACAUCACGACCGAGGCCAUUGUUUGGCACGCGCUGCCAGCGCCGCGCACGCUGCCCAAGCAGACACGCAUGCGCUUCAAGGCAUCCGGCACCAUCUCCUGA